CGUCCCUUUCACACUAUUGAUUUGUCGAUUUGCAUAUUGUAUGUGCACACUUUAAACAAAGCAGCGAAGCGUAUCAAAUGCGGUUCAACAGAUUAUCAAAUGCGGGAACGACUGAGAUAUACGUGGGAUGUUAUUAAUAACUUAAGAAUUGUAAAGCUGGGUAAAGGCUGAUACCCGGAUUGAGUAAUAUGAGUGCAUAGGUAUUGAAACGAAAGGUCGCAAUAAAAGCAAGGCGAUUUUAAUAAGCAAGUCUAUGGUAUACACGUCGUUUAAGUGUUGACCAAACGUGACAUCUUAUCAAACUCCGAACACUUAUGUGUGUGUGUGUGUGUGUAAAUAUGCGCAAAUACUAAAAUCGGAAGUGUGGAAAGGGAGGUUAAAAUCUAGUACGUUCAUGACGACAAUGGUAAGGCUUUCGCGACUCUUAAGAAACCAAAAACGAUAUUUAGUCUAUUUUGUUGUUAUCGUAACGGCUGUAUUGCUUUUGAUCAUUCUCAACGGUGGACACGGACUAGGAAAUAACAAUUAUAAAACCGUAUUUCCGAAUGCUAACUUCCAAACUAAACGUGUUAAGAAAAUAUUGUUGUGGACUCCAUUUUUUGGAUCGUCUGUUAUUGAUUCAUAUAGAAAGUGUCUGCAGCAGUGCCCGGCGAAAUGUGAAGUUACAGAGGAUAAAUCUCUGAUUCGAGCAGUAGAUGCGGUCGAGUUCCAUUUGACUGAUAUCUGGACAAGGAAGUGGCGAAUAGGCACUACAGAGACAAUAACGUUUCCGGCCUAUCGAAGCCCCGACCAGGUUUGGAUUCUUCAAAACCUGGAGCCACCGCCUCAUUUGUUUGGAAAUAUUCGAAUUCUUAACGGCAAAUUUAAUUGGACAAAGUGGUAUCGCACAGAUGCGGAUAUCUUUGCUCCUUACGGUGUGCCAUAUAAGUUGGAUCCCCAAGAAAAACAGCUCACACAAAUUGUUCCUAAAAGAAAUCUUUACCGCGAAAAAUCAAAGGAGGCGACUAUCCGUGUUGGAAAUUGUUUUGAUCCUGGGAGAAGGUAUAAACUCAUUGAUGCAUUAGAAAAACAUUUAAGUGUUGAUAAAUAUGGCUCGUGUUAUAACAAUCCAUGUGGAUCUUCAAAAGAUCCGAGCGAUAUCGAGUGUUUAAAGAUUAUGAAAGAAUACAAAUUUUACCUUGCAUUUGAAAACGACAACUGCAGAGACUAUGUGACAGAGAAAUACUGGGGAUCACUAGAUCGCGACCAAGUCCCGAUAGUGAACUGGAAGAGCAUGAAUAGAUCUCUUGUUAUACCAAAUUCUUACAUAAACCUGUAUGACUUUGAAAGUAUAGAAAAGGCCGGUAAAUACAUAAAGAAAGUUGCUUAUGACGAAGCCCUUUAUAAUAGUUACUUCGACUAUAGACAACAUUACGUCAAUCGAGUGACCACGUGCAAUGCGUGUAAGGUAUGCACGGCGCUUCAUGACGGCACGAGACUGGGGCAGGUAUACGAGGAUAUUGACGGCUGGGUACGCGACGAUAUGUGCGAGAAAGUAGAGAAGUUGAACAACUUUAUGAAGAAUGUACACGGCUGGUUGUUCUUCUUGUUUGGAUUAUGAAACAGUAUUUGAAAAUCAUAUAUUCACAACUUCACGACAGGACACGACGAAACUGCGAACAUAACUUCGAUCUAGCCAAGGGCAUCCCUGCGAUGAUAUAAGUCAGAGUUUAUGUAAGGUCUCCUCAGCGUCUACGCGACUGCCCUACGUGGGACCCUCCUGCAUCUCCUCAGCGUCUACGCGACUGCCCUACGUGGGACCCUCCUGCAUCUCCUCAGCGUCUACGCGACUGCCCUACGUGGGACCCUCCUGCAUCUCCUCAGCGUCUACGCGACUGCCCUACGUGGGACCCUCUGGCAUAUAAUCCAGUUAAUAGUUUCAUAGAUGUUAGGACAAGAUGAUCCGAUGCAAUCAACUGUUCGAGUACAUGAGUACCUCUUGGGCUUUUUCGGCUGGUUUGGAGGGCUAUUUUGUUGUGAAGAAUUCUUACGCCGUGAAUUAAUCAGUUUACAGACCUUUAAACACCGUUUGAACUAUAGAGUUACAGCUGUUUGUAUAGUGGUGGUAAUGUUGGAACAAAUGUGACACGUUUGCCUUGCAUUAAUUUCCAAAGACGAUAUUAACAAGGCAUCUUAAGUUAAAUUUAACAUGUAAUUAUGAAGUACAUCUACUCUCGUUUCGAUAAUUCCAUAAUUCCGUACAGAACAUAGUUCAAAUGCAAUUUUGUACACUUAAAAUUAACUAUUAUACAAAUAAUCUUCAAGUAAUGACUAGAGUAAACAAUUGUAAUGUAAUUAUUUAAUUUAGAAAUGAAAAGUAUUCCUUUAUUGUACAUGUUUGGGAAAUGACUCAAGACGCUUCGGAAAUAGGGUCACUGGCUGUCUCAUACUCUUCAGUCCUCGAGCCAGGUAAUUCUAAAUAUGACAAAUUAGUGAUUUUGAUUUUUUUUUUAAACUAACAAAUAUGUCUACAAUUUGUGUAGACCGUGAUCUAAUUCGUUUUACAUGUACAUCAACAUUCUUGUAACAUUAAAUUGUCAUACUCAAGAUAAGUAUUGAUGCAAAGCAUCAAAUGGCGUCGGGAAUUUCAGUGUAAAAGGCACUCAAUGAAGUUACAUAGAACGAUUUUUUUCUACUGUCUUUAUUAAUAUAUUGGCCGAUUAUUUUAAACAAAAUAGAAAAAGAUACUGGUGUAACCACUAUCUAUAAUUUUGUGUUAUAACCCCCAAAUAACCAUUAUUUAUGAUGUUGUGUUAUAACCCCCAAAUAACCAUUAUCUAUGAUUGUGGGUUGUAACCCCCAAAUAUUUCAUAGUUCAUUUUACUUACAUUGGUUUCCUUUUUAGCUCAUCUAUUUUUUGAAAAAAAAAUAUUAGCUAUUGUCAUCACCUUGGCGUCGGCGUCCGGUUAAGUUUUGCGUUUAGGUCCACUUUUCUCAGAAAGUAUCAAUGCUAUUGCAUUCAAACUUGGUACACUUACUUACUAUCAUGAGGGGACUGGGCAGGCAAAGUUAGAUAACUCUGGCGUGCAUUUUGACUGAAUUAUGUGCCCUUUUUAUACUUAGAAAAUUGAAAAUUUUGGUUAAGUUUUGCGUUUAGGUCCACUUUUUUCAGAAAGUAUCAAUGCUAUUGCAUUCAAAUUUGGUACAACUAUCAUGAGGGGACUGGGCAGGCAAAGUUAGAUAACUCUGGCGUGCAUUUUGACAGAAUUAUGUGCCCUUUUUAUACUUAGAAAAUUGAAAAUUUUGGUUAAGUUUUGUGUUCAGGUCCAUUUUAUUCCUUAAGUAUCAAAGCUAUUGCUUUCAUACUUGCAACACUUACUAACUAUCAUAAGGGGACUGUGCAGGCAAAGUAAUGUAACUCUGACUGGCAUUUUGACAGAAUUAUGUGCCCUUUUUAUACUUAGAAAAUUGAAAAUUUGGUUAAGUUUUGUGUUUAGGUCCACUUUAUUCCUACAGUAUCAAAGCUGUUGCUUUCAAACUUGCAUCACUUAUUAACUAUCAUAAGGGGACUGUGCAGACAAAGUUAUGUAACUCUGACUGGCAUUUGGACGGAAUUAUGGGCCCUUUAUACUUAGAAAAUUGAAAAUUUGGUUAAGUUUUGUGUUUUGGUCCACUUUACCCCAUAAGUAUCAUAGAUAUUGCUUUCAUACUUGGAACACUCGCAAACUAUCAUAAGGGUACAGUAAAAGAACAAGUUGCAUAACUCUGGUUGUCAUUUUUACAGAAUUAUGGCCCUUUUUUGACUUAGUAACUUUGAAUAUAUGGUUAAAUUUUGUGUUUUGAUCCACUUUACUUCUUAAGUAUCAAGGCUAUUGCUUUCAAACUUCAAAUACUUUCAUGCUAUCAUGAGGUUACUGUACCUGGCAAGUUGAAUUUUACCUUGACCUUUGAAUGACCUUGACUCUCAAGGUCAAAUUAUUAAAUUUUGCUAAAAUUGCCAUAACUUCUUUAUUUAUGAUUAGAU